UUGCACCCCAGUGGCUUUAUUGCCAGGCGGAGAUCAACCCAUUGCAGGAUUUAAGAACUCCGAGAGGCCGGCGUAGGCAAAUUCGAGUUGUCGAUAAUCACCCUCCCGCAAUCUCAUCAAACAAAAUAUACUACUAAUCAGAAAAUCCAUAGUUGGCUUCUAUCGAACUACACUUCGUUGUAAUUCUAUCCUGUGUCCGCGAUGAGACGCGAAAAGAAGAAGUUUUAUGCAGUGGUUUCCGGACGAGUUGCCGAAGCGACGAUAUUCUCCUCUUGGGGAGAUGCACAUCCUCACAUCACUGGCUGUCUUUCAGUUCAUGAGGGCUUCGAAACUCUACCUGAAGCACAGAAGUAUAUGAUGGAAAAGGGAAUAGACAAGCCGAAAUUGGUAAUUCACGACGACACUAAAGAGACUCGUCCUCAACCACAUUCAGGUAGAUUCUACGCCGUGGCCUUUGGUCGAAGACCAGGUGUAUAUCUCUCAUGGAAGGAUGCCGAGCCACAAGUCAAAGACUACCCGCAUGCAUGUCACAAGCGUUUCGCGACACGUGCUCAAGCACAAGCCUUUAUUCGCGAUUGGGAAGAAUCUCAUGCAGAUAUCUGCCGGGGAGAUGCAAUCGAUAAACUAGGAAAGGGUCUCAGGCCGACUGAUUUGGAGUCAAAUUUUCAUGAUCUUCAGCUUUGCCAGGGAGACGAUCUGAGCGAAGGAAUCACCACGGGAAUGAGAAAUAUUUGCAUCGCGGGAAGCGAGAAAGCCAUGUUUUAGAAUCUCAAUGUCACAGGAUUGAAUUUAAGUGAUUCUCCGUUAUGGUUUG